AGGAGGAUCUGGCAGCCAUUUGAUAACAAUGCUGGAGAACUUGAGCGGAGCCCACAUUGAUCGACCAGCCCCUAGACCGUCCACAUUCAGCUUCUCUGCCCUGUUUGCUCUGCCACACCACCUUCACAUGGAUGGAAGCAGUCAUCCAUUCAGGAGGACUCUGUACCGGUUGAAGUUGGUAAGUUCUCCAAAUCUGAGUCAGCUGGGGAAAAAUGAAAAGGCUUCACUGGAGGAGAGAGGAUCAGGGCCUAAUGCCAUAUGGAACAGCAUUCACAACGCAGUUAUUGCUGUAUUCCAAAAGAAAGGACUGGCGGACAACGAACUCUAUACACUCAAUGAAGGCGUGAGGCAGCUUUUGAAAACUGAGCUGGGCUCGUUCUUUACAGAAUACCUCCAGAAUCAGCUUUUAACUAAAGGCAUGGUCAUUUUACGGGACAAAAUAAGGUUUUAUGAAGGGCAGAAGUUAUUGGACUCUUUGGCUGAGACAUGGGACUUUUUCUUUUGUGAUGUUCUGACCAUGCUUCAAGCCAUCUUCCACCCCGUCCAGGGCAAGGAGCCAUCGGUGCGUCAGCUGGCCCUGCUGCACUUUCGAAACACCAUCACCCUUAACGUGAAGCUGGAGGAGGCUCUGUCCAGGCCGCGAGCCCGUGUCCCUCCCUCCAUCGUCCAGAUGCUUUUGGUGUUACAGGGGGUUCAUGAAUCCAAAGGUGCGAGUGAAGAAUACCUGAAGCUGGAGUCUCUCAUUCAGAAGGUGGUGUCGCCGUACCUGGGCACGCAGGGACUGAAUCCAAAUGACUUAAUGAAAAAUUUCUUAAAAAUCUUUCCAGAGAGGCGUUUGCAGUAUUGCUGGUCCAAGUCUGCAGACCUGCCCUCCAGUAAUCCAGUAGUGCGCUCCAAGAGUUACAACAUCCCCAUGCUGACCCCCGUGGCCGAGUACGACUCUGAAGUGAGCUCUGUGGGCAGCGUCGGCAUCCGGCGUCACUCUGCGUUUGAUGUCACUUCCUGUGUAGAGCCCCAGGGCUAUUCGGCCCUGACUGUGGGAAUAGAGACCAGCUCAACCCCCAGACUCUCACUUGAUCACGAGCUCACCCUGUCCGGUGUGAUACGUGGGGCUGCGGGACAGCCUGCUCUUAUUUCUCCUCCCGUCUUCAUUCACACCUCCGCAGGCUGUCUGCAUGCAGCGGACGCCCCGAUGGCUUCAUCUGAGGUGGACAAGGCCCUUUCAUCACCCCCGAGCUGCUCCUCCAGUCCGGAGACGAUUGUAAUGCAGGGGCUAGACUCACUGGAAUCAGAUCCUGACGGAAUCUUCAUCGACUUUUCCCACUGCCGCUCCGAUUCUUUCGGAACGAGCAGGAAAACUAGCUGAUGGAAUCAACUGCUGUGAAGAAUCCUUUUCAGAUGUUUAUGAUUAUAAACUACUACUAUUCUGUGAACUUGUGAAGUAGCUAUGUACGUUGUGAUUUUUCAAACUGGAAUUUCAUUCCUGCUUUGCGCAAAAGCUAAAGCUGCUUUGUGAGAAAAAUGGGAGAAGACUCGAUUUGAAGUAAUUGUUUUCAUAAUGUUCUAAACCCGUGGAUGAAUUUUUUAAUUUUUCUAGUUUUUCAUAUACGAUAGUAAUUAAUAUACAUUUUACUGACUCUCAUUUAGGAAAGCUAAUUUCCACCACGGAAUAAAAAAAAUUAAAAGGGUAGUUGCACCUUUUUAUCAUGCAAUUUUGAGUUUAUAUCUUGCAAUUCAGACUUUUUUUCUCAGAAUUGUGAGAUAUAAACUCAGAAUUGCUGGUUGUUAAUUCACAAUUGCAAGAAAAAAAGUUGCAAUUAUGUUUAAUUGUGGCCAAAAAAAAGGUAGAUGUCAAGUCAGAAUUCAGAAAAAAACUAAUUAAAUUCACAAUUCUGAAGAAAAAAUUCAAUUGCGAAUUGUAAACUCGCAAUUUUGAGUUUAUAAUUUGAAAUUGUGACAUAUAAACUCGUAAUUGUGAGAAAAAAGCCAGAAUUGCGAUAUAAUUUUUUUUUUUAUUCCAUGGCAGAAAUAAGCUUCCGUACUCAUGGUCACAUUUACUCUUGUCGAAUUUUCGCAGACGAAAUCCAGUCAUUUCAAUAGGAAUUCACGCGGUUGGGAGUUUCACGUGAGGGCUAAAGAUUUCGUAGUGGGUCACAUGGAUUUGCCACAUUGACCAGCAGAAAGCUGAUUGGUAUAUAAGUUACGUGUGAGCUAUGCGUCAUACAUAAUUACAUAAUCAACAAUAGACAACUGACCUUUUUUACUCACAAAAUUGUGACUGCACCUUAAAUGAGCUUCACGUGUCGCAAUGUGUUCUGAGACGACAGUAUGUCUAAAUGUAGAAAUCUCUUCCAUUAUUGGCACUCUUGAUCUCAUGCACUAUUUAUUGUCAUAGGGCUUUAAAGGAACUACAUUUAGUGUUUUUAAUCAUUGCCAAGCUAACCUGCACACUCUUAAUGGUAUGAAAAGAAAUGAGUCUCUUAAUCUGGGAGAAUAACAGUUGCUGAUGAUAAUACAGUGCAGAACAUCGUACGUCUUGAACAUUCUGUUUUUCCAAAGCUUGUUGCUUUUUUAUGUGACGAUAAUUUGCUGUCUGAAAGUUAACAGGGUUUGCUAACUGAAUGUGUUAACGAAAACUCCCUUUUAGUUAGUUGGUAAAAUAACAUGAAUACAGAAAUAUGCUUUUAGAUGAAAACUGAAAUGAUGCAUAAAAGCCCCAUUGUAUAAAAAAAUUCUAAGGUACUUUAAACAGUGAUUUUUGUUUCUUAUUUCCAUGUAUGCAAGCUUAUUGAUUUAGGUUAUAAAAUGAUUAAUUUAUCUGUAGUUUUAUAGAAAGAGAUUGAGCGUACUUGCAUAGAUUUUUACACAAACAACAUUUUUGGAAAUUUAAAAAGUUUACAGUGGUACUUUAGUACUUGCACUGUCAUUUCUGAAUAUGCUUUGUUUCAUAUUGACUUUUUUUUAUCAGCUUUCAUGUGUGCUGCUGUGAACAACCUCAACAAGACUGAAUUUGUAGUAAAAUACUUUUAUGCUUUA